AUGGCGAAAGUGCAGAAUCCAAAAAGUGACAAGCCAACGAGGUCGGAAAGUCUUUCGCGCAUGCUAGAGCUGGAGAAGAAGUACAAGAUGCAGCGCGUUCAUGGCAACGGAUCAGGAACACUCUCACCACCGGGACCGUCAAGUACAAGUUCAGAGGCUGCCCAGCUUAAUUCAUCUGUCAAGGCUCGGCGUGGUACUGGAGGUGGUCUGCCACCUCUUUCCCAUCAAGCCCAGAUGACGAAAGCCGUGCGCCGAAGCUCUGCUCUACCUUCUUUGUCAUUGUCAAUACCACCUUCUCCAACGUCGACCUCAACCGCCGCCGUGAGAGCGGAUGACCCUACUCAGAAACCCGCGCCAGUCCCACAGUCUCUGAAGGAACCACCGCGAGAGCCCACCAAGACGGUGACGUUCUCCCAGCCGGAAGAAGUCGAAACCGAGUUGUCGGACGACUCAUCCAUCUGCCAGUCGCCCAUCUGGGAGGGAUACGGGCAGAGAAAAAAGAAGGCCAAGAAACGGGAGGCAGAGCAGAAGAAGGAGAAGGAACGUGAAGAAAAAGCCAACAAGGAUCCAAAGAAGAAGCAGUCGCGACUUAGCAAGGCACCACCACAAGAUGCUCCGGCAGCCAAGCUCCUGCUUAGUAUAUUAGAUCGCUCGGUAUCUACCCCUGAAUUAGAGCCUCGCCCCAAACUCACAGAAAGGCCACUGAACCGAUCAACCACGGAGUAUCCCCCAGACUCGAUGGCCAAUCAUCAACACCUCACAAACCAAGUGUCGAAUGUCAACAACGGUAAAACAAAGAGAAGGGGUUUCUUGUCUAGCUUUAGGUCAAGCUCGCGGAAUAGCAUCGAUAAUGCCCAGGCUUUAAAGAGCGCCGGAGCCGACCUCGAUUUGGCCAAGUCCCGCAAAGCGGCUUCGAUCAAUUCCAACGUAUCCGCCUCAACCAAGUCCAUGGCGUCUCAGGAAAAGAGGCCAGGACUGCUAAGUCGAAGUUCGACUAGCUCAGCUCACGGCCGGAAUCAGUCAUUUCUUUCACGGCUUAAAGGACCUUCUUACCUGUAUCACAAUGGCAAGAACUCCGCUGAUACCGAUACCGGUGACAGUGACCCAAGCCAGCGACCUAGCAACUCACAAAAAAUUGAGGCUGCAAUGCCACCGGCAGCGACAUCUCAAGAACUCUCCCACCCGCCCCCUGCAACCACUGCUUCUACAGUCCCAGAAGCGCCCGAGGCCCAGGUCCUGCGGGGUCGCCCUGCUAAUCUACGCACGGCACAACCAAGAGAUUCCAGCAGCGACUAUGCAGAGUCCGAUCACCCGCAGCCGCGUGCUCAUCUGCCCAAGGAGUCUAGUCCAGCUGCCCCGAUCGCGAAUGAAGGGCGGCGCCGACCUUACAGCCACCUCGGAAACGUCAGGCAGCAAACCGAAGACACGAAAUCACAUUCUAUGACACGGCAGACGGAUGGUCGUAUUGGUGUGGCAAUCCAAGCGCAACGGCCGCAUCGCCAGCACCCUCGCUCAAGCCAGACAGUAGUCCACGCGGAAUUGAAAGUUGAAGUGCAGGAACCCGAAGCCAGGUCAGCCCAUUCGGCCCAAAGUGAAGACUUUGCAUCUCCCUACACAGAAGAGAUCGAUAGGCUUGCCAUUACCCAUACACCUCAUGGUGAAAAUGGAGAAGUAUCUCCUGGAUCGACUUUCCGCCCCGUUUCUCACUGUAAAGAACGUGUUUCACCAGAGCCGAGCAAGAAAGCGUCUGGAAAGACGAUUUCACCGACGCCGAGUGCCAUUGGGAAAGCCAGG